UUUGCUUUUCAUCUUCUCUUUUUCGUCGUUGCUUUUCGGCUCCGUUGCUUCGCAGUAGUUUUAGAGAUUGCACCAGUCACUUCUUCUACUCCGUCGUUGCUACUUCGCUCCUUCAACGACGUUCCCUUCCUGUCGGAUCGGAAUUUACGACAUUUUGAUCGGAAGCAAUGACGGGAGCUCGCUUGCUGUGAAGUUUUGGUCUUUGAACUGAGAAUAAGAGAAGAACCUGCAUCCAAAAUUUGCAGAUCCUGUACAAAUGAAGGCGGUGAAGCAGGCACUGCACGUGGCAACUGUCCCUUCUAGUGUUGUGUGCCGUGAAGUGGAGCAGAAAAAGGUUAUUGAAUUCUGUAAGGCUUGCAUUGAACAAGAGAAAGCUGGCAGUAUAUAUGUCUGUGGGUGUCCUGGAACUGGGAAGACAUUGUCCAUUAAUAAAGUGAAAGAGCAACUUUUGUCAUGGUCAAAAGAGGUGGGACUGCAGCCGCUAGAAUCUCUAGCAUUAAAUUGUACUUCUCUCACAAAUACAUCUGAAAUUUUUAGCAAGAUACUGGAAAAACUUAAUUCUUCUAAAAAGAGAAAGGGCCGCUUGACACCUCUUCAACACCUGCAGGAUUUAUUUUGUCAAAGAAGUAGUUCAAAUUCUGGAAUGAUGUUGUUGAUCAUCAUUGAUGAAAUGGAUUAUUUAAUAACAAAAGACCGGGCAGUACUUCAUGACCUUUUUAUGCUUACAACAUUCCCAUUUUCCCGUUUCAUAUUGAUUGGCAUAGCAAAUGCAAUAGACCUUGCAGAUCGAUUUCUCCAAAGACUCAAAUCUUUGAAUUGUGAGCCCUUUGUGGUGACUUUUUGUGCAUACUCUAAAGAUCAGAUAGUUGAGAUUCUUCAGCAGAGACUUAUGAAUCUUGGAUGCAAUGUCUUUGAACCUUUAGCUCUAGAAUACUGUGCAAGAAAGGUAGCAGCUGCGUCAGGAGAUAUGAGAAAAGUACUUGAUGCUUGCAGGACUGCGAUUGAGGUGCUUGAGACAGAGUUAAGGGACAGCUCUACCAAGGAACAACCUAACAGUGUAACUUUUGAUCACAUGGAUGUUGCAUUAUCAAAGGCAUUUAAAUCGCCAAAAGUGGACAUCAUAAAAUCUCUUCCGCAACAUCAACAGAUAAUAUUGUGCUCGAUGGUGAAGCUCUUUCGUGGUUCAAAAAAGAAUGCUACAACUAUUGGAGAGCUGAACAAAUCAUAUUUGGAAACAUGCAAAACUGUCCAUGUCCCAGCAGUUGGAUCACUGGAAUUUACAGAGAUGUGCAGAGUACUCAGCGACCAGGGGCUAAUCAAACUUGGUCAGUCAAAACAAGAUAGAUUGAAGAGAGUAACAUUACAAAUUGAUAUUCUAGACAUUUCUUUUGCUUUUAAGGAUAUUCGAUUUUUUAAAAAUUGUCUUGAAGAUUAUUAGUGCCCCAGCUAAAAAGAUGAUUCAUAUGAGAUCAACAAAAAAGAAUAAUGAUUCUUGAUUGUUGUUGAAGCUAAGGAUUUCAUAAUUUGUGGUUCCUGAAUUGCUGAAUCCUGCUACAUGAUUGAGAUCAAAGAUGGUUACCUGCUUGAGUGUCUAAAGCAAUCCCCUUUACUGGAUGGCCUUCUGGAACCCACAAGUAACUUUUUUAAACAUAUAGUUAUUAUAUCAACGGAUGGAUAGUCUCCUAAUGCAACUGGGCAGGAAAUUUUUUUUGUUUUUCUUAGGACAAUGACACUUGAGAAGAUUGAAGUUCCUUUCUUAUUGAGAUGAUUGAAGGAAUCAAGUUGCUAAUGAGAAAUCAAAGUGUGAGGUGAACUUCUUUCAACAAUGUUGAUUUGUUUAGCAAGUAACCAAGCUUGGCACCUUAUUUGAUGGCAUGUUUUUGUUUUAUGUUUCUACAAACAAGUGGAAUUGCUUAGGAUACUUGUUUUUGUUUGUUUUCAAAAACAAUUAAUUUUUAGGCUAUGAAACAUAUAGUAACACAAUUAAUAAAUA